UUUAAUACUUUAAUUCCCCCCAUUAAUGACCAUUUUAUUUCAAGAUGUCUUCCAUAGUAGUCUAGCAACAUUUGUUUACAUGUCUGCUACACCAAUAUUAACCACUUUCUUACCUAAUCUCCAACUGUUAGAAACUCAAGAUUGAUCUUGCCAUGUCAAAACAUGGGAACAUAGCGGGAAGCAACGACGAUACAUCGACUGUCUCAGCAAAGGCAACACAAGCGUGCAAUACAAUGACGUCCCCUGGACGAUAUGAGCUGCUUUUUCUGUCAGUUGCCGUUUUAUUCGUGUCGGUGUGUGUGGCACCGUUGACUGCAGAGAGGUCCGCCUCUGGCUACCGUCGCCAAAUACCAAAGAUGGACGAGGCUUUUUUGAGGGUUCACAAUGAACUCAGUAGCAACGUGGUGGUAUAUUGGAUGUCCAACCGCUGUUACCAGUGCUUGUACCAGCAGUUAGGGGUGGUACCUCAGGCUCCCACUCCUGGCCAGCAGAGCUCACAAGACUUCAUUGUUGACACGCAGCAUGAGAUUACUCUGAGCGUCAACAGUACUUCUGAAGACCAAGUCUUUUGCACAGUUCCGUUCCACUUUGGCGAGUUGGGAAACUAUUCACUCUGGGUGAAGAGUUUACAGUCGCCGACAGUCAACUGCACCAUAGUCACUGAAGCUGUCCCUGUUAACAGUUUCAUACCUCUUUUGGUGGCUUUCCUAAUAUUUGCUGGUCUUGUGUUGUUUUCUGCCAUUUCAAGAAUGAUCAUUAGAUUAGAUUUUGUAAAAGGCAUCCUUGUAAAAAUCGGCGGCACUAUGGAGACGGAGAGGCUUAUAAACUCUGAAUUGGGCUCCUCUGGGAGAGGGGUCCCACCCGCAACUGACACAAUCCUCCCACCUCCACCGAGCCCAAGCAAAAGGCUACGAUCUCUGGAUACAUUCAGAGGAAUCUCCUUAGUUCUUAUGGUGUUUGUCAACUAUGGCGGUGGACGAUAUUGGUUUUUCAGACAUGCGAGUUGGAAUGGCCUGACAGUUGCAGACUUGGUUUUCCCUUGGUUUGUCUUCAUCAUGGGGACGUCCAUCGCACUUUCCAUCAACUCCCAGCUGCGGACAGGUGUGACCCGCUGCUCUGUGCUUAAAAAGGUUCUUUGGAGAAGCAUGCAGCUCUUUGUUAUUGGCGUCUUCAUCAUAAAUCCAAACUACUGCCUGGGACCAUUGUCUUGGGACAACCUGCGUAUCCCGGGCGUCCUACAGCGCUUGGCGUGGUCCUACCUGGUGGUGGCCUGUUUGGAUCUGUUGGUGGCCCGAGGCCACCUUGACAUCAUGACGGUGGAUGCAUGGUGGUCGCCCUUCCUUGAUAUUUUGUUUUACUGGCCCGCUUGGCUGUUCGUCCUCCUUCUGGAGGUCCUCUGGCUCUGUCUCACUUUUCUUCUUCCAGUGCCAGACUGUCCUGUUGGUUAUCUUGGACCAGGUGGAAUUGGGGACAUGGGCCUGUACCCUAAUUGCACUGGUGGUGCGGCUGCUUUUAUCGACCGAUGGCUUCUUGGAGAGAGUCACAUUUACCAGUCACCAUCGUCCAGGGUCAUUUACCAUACUCGAAUGCCGUAUGAUCCCGAGGGAGUUCUGGGAAGCAUUAACUCAAUUGUCAUGGGGUUUCUUGGAUUGCAGGCUGGAAAAAUCAUUCUGCACUAUCGGGACCUUCAUAACAGUGUUAUGACCAGGUUCCUCAUAUGGGGUUUGUUUUUGGGAGUGAUAUCAGCGGUUCUCACCAACUGUUCCACAGACGAAGGCAUCAUUCCUGUCAACAAGAAUCUCUGGUCUCUGUCCUAUGUGACAACUCUUGGCUGCUUUGCCUUCGUGCUGCUAGCUUUGGUCUAUUAUGUGGUCGAUGUAAUACGAUGGUGGUCAGGAGCUCCCUUCGUGUAUCCUGGCAUGAACUCCAUCCUCGUCUAUGUUGGACAUGAAGUGUUCGAGGACUACUUCCCUUUUCGCUGGCGCAUGGUCAACACGCAGUCCCAUGCUGAGCAUCUUGCUCAGAAUCUUAUCGCAACUUCUGUUUGGGUCUUUGUCUCGUAUGUGCUUUACAAGAAGAAGAUUUUUUGGAAGAUUUAGAGCUGUCUCCGUGUAAAUUGUGGCGUGAUUGGCCAUACAAAUGUGCUGUAUUCCUAAAGUCGGUUUAGGAAGUCUACCUUUUAAACCAGCAACUGUUUAUGCACCAUGAACUGUUGGGGACCUCACAAAUUGGCAAAGCUUGACACUUUUUGCUCCAAGCCUAUUUCCUUUCUAAAAACAAUAGGCUGCACGAAAACUCCUUCACAUCCGUUUUGCGAGGUUUUCAACCUGUACUGUUUAAGAGAUUGUUUAUCUCAAUGAUGCUGGAUCACAUACACUAAAAUGUAAUUAAAGCACAUCUACUAUUCAGCCGUUAGGCGGCAGAAAAAUGUGCGAUUGUAAUUUUAAAAUGUCUUUUUUAUUCUUGUACAAUGCAUAUCUUUUUUGUAAUAUCCAAAAUAAAUCUCCAUAA